AUGGCUCUAUUCAGACUUUCUCAACCAAUAAAAUUUCAUUUAAAAUCACCACCAGUAUGUGCAGCUGAAAUUUAUGCUGAAAUUGAUCAAAAACAACGUACAGGAAUUCGAUGCUCAGUGGCAGAGUUCGCACAUUUCAUAAAAUCAAAAGUUCCACAAGUAUUACAGAAGAAAAACGUUCGUGAUGGGUCGGUUCAAUGUCUACUUACAUAUCAGGACGAAACAGAAGUCAAAUGGACACAAACCGGUUCGGAUGUUUCCGGUAUUUUUCGAUUAUCUCCAACAGUCUCUGGUUUGAAGAAAGCUAUGGAAGAUUUUGAAACAGGUGAAAUACAGCAAUAUGAUGACAAGGAACAUGUCAUUACGGUUGCAGCUGUAUUAAAACAAUAUCUACAUAACAGGCCACCGUUAGUGCCAGUGCGAUUAUAUAAUCAGUUGCUUACAAUCCAAAACGGACAGACGGGGUCGGGACAAAAAAAACUUAUGGGCUUGGGGCAAGAAAAUAAUUUCACGGGCUCAGGCUUAUGGGGUCGGGACAUGUUGCAGAAAAAUGUUGUCCUGUAAGUUUUGUCUUUUGGUUGUAAUUAUACUGCAACUUCAAAUGACCCAGAAUAAAUGGCCUUCCUCAUAGUUUGCUUAUAAUUUUUUUCUUUUCAAUCCUUAGAUCUGGUCGUUCAUCCAAAAGAUACGCCGUCAAAUUCUCUACAAAACUUGAUUAAACUUAUUUCUAUAAAAAGUUGAGAAGAAAAAUGAAACGAAAAAUAUUCAACAUGACGAAAGGACCAACUUUCUAAGCUAUUUUGUUUUACAAAUUUUGGAAUAUUUUAAACAAGACUAAAGACAAUGAAACAAAACUGAAGAUAUUUUUGAGUACUUUAAAGUACGCUCUUUCUCCUUAUGCAGUUCACAGUUCGUUCAAAUCUAAGUUAGCACUGAAAAAUCUGACAUUCCAAAAUUCACCUCAAGAUGACCAAAAUCUGCUAUUGCUCGGCAGGUGAAUUUAUGAAGAAAGCUUUAAGGUAACUUUCGUAGCUGAGUCUAGCACAAGUAUCAUUUCUCAUCAAAAUUAAAAAAGACCGAGCUAAAAAGGUGCUAUUUUGGUGCUAGAUUGAUUUUGCAUUGUGCAUGGAUUACUGGUUGAUAGAGGUUUUCAAUGGCUACAAAAUGCGUGUAUUCUCUUCUUUUCAUCAUCCAACUCAAUGAAAGUGGUGAAACAAAACGUUAUUUCAGCUUAGAAAGUUGGUCCUUUUCAUCGUAUUGAGUAUUCUUCAUUUCAUUUUUCUCCUUAACUUGUUAUAGAAAUAAAUUUGAUCACGUCUUGUAGAGAAUUCGAUGGUGCAUCUUUUGGAAAAACAAUUGAAAAGAAAAGAAAUUAUAUGUAAAAUAUGAGGAGGGCCAUUUGUUCUGGGCCAGCCAGUACUAUCACGUGAAAACC